CCACGCCUUUCCCUAUUCCUGGAUGUUUACUUCAUGUACACUUACGGUAGCUCCCUGGAAACUAGAUCACCUAGGUUGUCCGGUCCAGGUGACUUCUUCGUGUAUACGAUCUUUGUAGCCUCCGUCAUAAUGCUCACUGCAGGCUGCUUGUUGGGAAGCGUAACUUUUACCUCUGCUCUGAUCAUGGCCUUCGUUUACACCUUUUCCCAGGAAAAUCGUGGUAGAAAGGCGACAUUCUUUGUGGUCCAGAUACCGGUGGAAUUUCUGCCUUGGGCGAUGCUUGCAUUCACCUUGGUCACUAUUGGAUGGCCAGCCGUUCUAAGCGAUGGCACGGGCAUAGUCGCUGCGCAUCUGUAUGAUUUCCUUACCCGUAUCUAUCCGGCGUUUGGAGGUGGACAAAACUACCUUGUUACGCCGGCAUUCAUCAGGAGAUUCUUUUCCGAUCUCACGCCCCGUGGCGAUAACCGUACCUACGGUACUGCUUUUCGGCCAGCGGAUCAGACCCAGGCCGCCGCUUCUGAAAGCUGGACUUCUGCGUUCCAGGGGCCAUGGAAUCGAAGAGGUCCGGGCAGACGACUUGGAAGUGACUGAGACGAGGUCGUAACUACCUAGGAGGGUGCAGAAGCAGAAAAGGGAACAUGCAGCAACGGUAUGCUAGCAGCAGGAGUUAAGAGUACCCUGAAAUACAAGGAGCCGUUCACAAAGGGUUCGCAGUUGCUGCGGCUGGGAUUGAUUCCUGAAGAGAAAGAAAGGCGCUCGUCAAGCAGGUCUGGGGCGGCCAAGCGACACAUAAUCGCUAGCAUGCUACUUAUUCUUUAGCUGUGAGGAUUAGCAGUCGGGAGCGUACUGUACGGUAAUAUUUAAUAUUGUCUUGGAACUCCAUCAGAG